UUAUCAAAGAAAUUUAUAAUACAAAUUUUAGCUUAUAAAAAAUAAUCCGUCAUGAGUGAAGAUGCGCCAGAGACUGAAAUAAUACAUGUACCAAAGGUUGCGCCUAAACAGCCUACAACAGUAGUUGAUCCGGAACGACUACAAGAGCUUAAAGAUAUAGCGAAUCGUUUGCGUUUACAUGCAAUUAGGUCAACACAGGCUUCCAAAUCAGGUCAUCCGACUUCCUGCUCAUCGAUAGCCGAUAUACUUGCUGUGCUGUUUUUUAAUGUAAUGCGUUUAGACAUGAAAGAACCACGCAAUCCGGCUAGUGAUCGACUGGUGCUAUCGAAAGGGCAUGCUGCACCCAUACUCUAUGCAGCAUGGGCAGAGGCUGGACUCUUUCCUACCGAUGAACUUCUAAAUUUGCGUAAAAUUGAUUCGGAUCUUGAAGGGCAUCCCACACCUCGUUUAAAUUUUAUUGAUGUUGGCACCGGAUCUUUGGGUCAAGGUGUAGCAGUAGCGUCUGGUAUGGCUUAUAUUGGAAAGAAUAUUGAUAAAAGCGAUUAUAGGACAUACUGUAUCGUUGGUGAUGGUGAAUCGGCAGAGGGUUCAAUAUGGGAGUCUUUAAAUUUUGCCAGUUUUUAUAAUUUAGAUAACCUUUGCGUAAUAUUUGACGUCAAUCGUUUGGGACAAUCUGAUCCGACACAGCUGCAGCAUAACAUGGAUGUGUAUGAAAAACGUUUGGAUGCAUUCGGUUUCAAUGCAAUUGUUGUGGAUGGUCACAAUAUUGAAGAACUGAUGAAUGCAUUUGACAACGCAGCCAGUAUGAAGGGCAAACCGACAGCCGUCAUUGCGAAAACAUUCAAAGGCAAAGGAUUUCCCGGAAUUGAGAAUGAAGAAAAUUGGCAUGGUAAGCCUUUGGGUGAUAAGGCAUGCGAAGCUAUAAGAAAAUUAGAAUAUGCGAUUGUCAAUCGAUCACCAUGUCCAGUGGCGUUGACACCAAAAUCGAAUGAUGGGAUGACUGUACCUGAGGUCAAUAUAGAAAACGUUAAACUAUCCACCCCACCAUCGUACAAACUAGGGGAACAAGUGGCAACACGUGUCGCUUAUGGCAAAGCGCUGGCCAAAAUGGCAGAAGGAUGUGAUCGUGUUAUAGCUCUUGAUGGCGAUACAAAGAACUCCACCUAUUCUGAGAAACUGAAGCAACAAUUUCCUGAACGUUUUAUCGAAUGUUACAUUGCCGAACAGAAUUUGGUUGGAGUAACCAUUGGUGCCAUGUGCCGUAAUCGCACAAUCGCUUUUGCCUCGACCUUUGCUGCUUUUCUAACACGUGCUUUCGAUCAAGUUCGCAUGGGUGCUAUCUCUCAGACGAAUGCCAAUUUCUGCGGUUCACACUGUGGCAUAAGUAUCGGUGAGGAUGGUCCCUCACAAAUGGCUCUUGAGGAUAUUGCCAUGUUUCGCGCAAUACCAGGCAGCACUGUCUUCUAUCCAUCGGAUGCUGUAAGCUGUGAACGUGCCGUAGAAUUGGCAGCAAAUACACCAGGUAUAUGCUUCAUACGCACAUCCAGGCCGAGCACAGCUGUGAUUUACAAAAACGAGGAGGUAUUCCAAGUGGGCAUUGGUAAAGUGAUAAAACAAUCGCGCAAGGAUAAAGUGCUUUUGGUAGGCGCAGGUAUAACGUUAUAUGAAUGUCUGUCGGCUGCCGCAGAUCUGGAGAAAAUUGGUAUAAAAGUCCGUGUCGUUGAUCCUUUCACAAUCAAACCAUUGGAUGCCGGUCUGAUUAUGGCAAACGCCCGUGCAUGUGGUGGUCGCAUCAUUGUGGUUGAGGAUCACUACCAAGAAGGUGGUUUAGGGGAAGCUGUACUGAGUGCGCUUGCUUUGGAACGCGAUGUGGAGGUGAAACAUUUACAUGUACCGCAUGUACCACGCUCUGGACCGCCAACGGUACUCAUAGAUAAAUUUGGCAUAUCAGCACGACAUAUUAUAGAGGCUGUUUCCAAUUAUAUGGAAUGCAGGUGCACAUCCAAUCUUGAGGAUUAGAUUUUUUUUUACAAAAAGUUCGAAUUUAUUAAUUUAAAAUAAUAUAUUUAAUUAAGU